AUGGCCAGUACGAGCCAGCGCAAACCCCUCACGACCUCACAGGAGUCGCGGCUCGUGCGAUACCUCGACGACGAGCUCCUCAAGUUCUCGGGGGCGUACGAAUCUCGACAUUCUGGGACUUCGCGCCUGCCAGACCUGUCCACCUUUCUUGAUGCUCUCCUUCCCCUCCAGUCCUUCAUCCUGACGAUUCCCUCCGUCCCGCCAUCGUCCUCACUCCGCGUCGCUUACUAUCUCAACCUGACCUCUUUCAUCGCUCCCGCACUGGACGGCUACACCAUACUUGACGAGACGAUCGACAAGCUGUUCGAGACGCUCGAGCGGUUCGACCGGGGAUGGGUUGCAGUCUUGCGUGGGCAGGAAUGGGAUUCGGUGGCGGGUAUGGCGAAAGGUGGACCUUUGGAGGGAGGUCUCGCCGCGAGUGGGAUGCGGAAUACGGAUCGGAUACGACUGGAGAGUCUGGUGCGGGACAUCAAGGCCAAUCUCGCGGUUGCGCUCGGCCUGCCCGAGUUUAUUGCGCUCGAAACGGACCCGUUCCAAGAGCUUGCGCGUAUGCAGAACGGCCGGACAGGUGACAGUCGUUCUGAGGGAGUGCUGAGCGGGCUUGGCGGAGGAGAGGCGGAGAUGCAGUCUGCGAGUCAGGCUUCGACACCUUCACUCGUCUCCGACAACCCCGUCUCGACAGAUACGGACGAGGCCAUGUCGGUAGACACCGAAGUCGCUGGCAAUUCGCUUCCCGAGCCAACGAGCGGCGUAGAGAUGGAGGACGAAGAGGACGAUGUCGACUUUGAGGAGGUCGCCGCCAUUUCGCCUUCCUCUUCACAUCCACAACAACAACACGUCCUCUCCGACGCCUACGCCGACGCACCUUCAGCGGACGGCUCCUUCCAGAUCCACUUCACCGGCGUCCCUCCGCCCACAAUGCAAGACGGCGAGCUCUCCCUCCAGCAAGGCGCGACACCCAUCGUCGGCCAGCAGCGCGGUUUCGACCCAGACUCGGAGUACCCGCUCAGCGAGGAAGAGGGAGACCCGAUAGGCGGGAACGCAGUUACAGGUGCGAACGAGGAGGAUGCGACGGAGACAGAGGACGGGAUGGAGGAGAGCACGAAGGAUAGGGUCAAGCGGGUCUUUGAGCGGACGGAGCAGGUGCUGGCGGAGCUGCGGGCGGCGCAGGCUGCGUAG